AUGGGGAGUACAAUAAUGGUGUUAAGUGUAAUUAAUGGAAUAUUCUGCAUAGAAGAAAUUAAAAUGAAGAAUGGAGAACUAUAGGAGGAGGAAGGUAUGAUAGCAAAGGAGAAAAAAUUGGAAAAUGGGUUGAAUUGGAGAAGAGAGUAAAGUAAUCAAUUGGUGUUUAAAAAAGAUUUGAUUUUUUUGAUUGGGAAAUCAUCUAUAAGAAUGUUAUUGAUAAAGAUAUAUGCUUUAUCAAAUGUGACCAAUCUUUAAGAUCUAUGUAUAAAUUUCUUUGCUAACUAAAGCGGAAUCAAUUAUUUAUAUGAUGAUGAUGAAUUCCCUUCUGUAUACAAGAAAUAUUUGAAUCAAAGUUUUUCAUUUUGCAAAUCGUCAAUUUUAGUAAAAUAUCAAAUAAUGGAAUAAUAGGGAUUUAAAAUUGGCUCAUAUCUUAGUGGUAACAAAUAAGGGGAGUGGAAUAUUGUCUACAACAAUAUGAAAAUAGGAGGAGGUUAAUUCAAUUAGAAUGGAAGUAAAUAAGGAGUUUGGACAAAGCUCUGCAAAUACAUAAAACCGUAUGAUUAAGUUAAUUUUAAAGUCAAAUUUUCGUGA